AUGUCCGGCUACAAUCCCUAUGCCGACAUUGGUCACCAACCGAAUGGAGCCCCUCUGCCACCGAACCAAGCACAACCUCGCCCGCCGGUAGCCCCUGGCCCUACUGGCUACCAGCAGGGAACGCCGUACGGGCAAGACGCACCAAAUCUCCAGCAAACACCAUAUGGCGGUCCCCAGCAAGAAUAUGGACAACCUCCACAGCCCCAGUCCCAAAGCUACUUUCCAUCUCAAGGGCAGAACCCUGGAGUGGGGGAGUCAGGUUCAAUGGGCGGACUGACUUCGCAAAUGGGAGGGAUAGGUCUAGGACAGGAUCCUGCUGCUGCUCGGCCACAGAAAAAGAAGAACAGACAUGCAUACCACAAUCUUGAUCAGCAGACGGUCUCAUCACAGGCCUUCAACCAGAGCAUGGGCAACGCGCCGCAAUAUGUAAAUCAGGAUGAUGCUCAAGCACCUCAUACUGGGCAGCCGUACGGCGGGCAACCAUUCAGCCCUCAAAAUGCCGCGGCUCCUUACCAAGGUGGCCCAGCGUCGUUCUCUCCAGGUAUACAGCAAGCGGGGAGUCCAGGGAUGAAGGGUGUGCCACAACCUAGACCUCCGCCGAACGAUCAAGGUGUCUCCGCUCAGGGGAACGUCGACCCGGAGCAGAUACCCAGUGUGCCCAGAGCAAGAGACGGUGCCGCAAAUUACUAUCUUCAGCAUGUAUACCCGACGAUGGAGCAACAUAUUCCACCACCAGGUGGCAUACCGUACGUGGCACAAGAUCAAGGAAAUUCCUCACCCAAAUUUGCACGUCUCACAUUGAACAACAUACCAGCAUCCGCGGAUGCUUUGUCAGCUACUGGUCUUCCACUAGGCCUAGUCUUGCAGCCUUUAGCAUCAUUGCAGGCGGGCGAGCAAGCUAUACCUGUCCUUGACUUCGGCGACGUGGGUCCACCGCGAUGUAGGAGAUGCCGGGCAUACGUAAAUCCGUUCAUGGUCUUUCGAUCUGGCGGCAACAAGCUGGUCUGUAAUAUGUGCACAUUUCCUAAUGAUGUUGGUCCUGAAUACUUUGCGCCCACAGACCCGACUGGCGUGAGGGUAGAUAGACCACAAAGACCUGAAUUGACUACAGGGACUGUCGAGUACUUGGUACCCAAGGAGUACUGGGCGAAAGAACCUGUCGGUCUUCGAUGGCUCUUCUUAAUCGAUGUGAGCCUGGAUGCGAAUGAGAAAGGUUUCGUACGGGCAUUUUGUAGGGGCAUUUUAGAAGCUCUCUACGGUGAUGAUUUGGAUUCGGAUGAUGAAAAAUCAGAUGAAGAUUCUGAGCGCAACCAGACUCCAAACCAAGUCUCUGACAAAAUACAGGAAAAUCUAGAGAAAGCUCAAAUGUUGGUCAUGCCGGACAUUGAAGAAGCUUUUGUACCUCUAGGGAGCGAUGGCCUCUUCGUGGACCCAUACAAAUCGAAGCCAAUCAUCGUGGGCUUGUUACGCUUAUUGCCAAAGCUAUUUACUACGCGUAAGGCUCCUGAGCCGACACUACUGCCUACGCUCGAAUCUGCGAUAUCUUCUUUGGCAGCAACUGGCGGUAAGAUCGUAUGCUCGUUGGCAAGCCUGCCUACUAUUGGUCCCGGGAAACUCUUUCUUCGAGACAAGGGUGACUUGCAUGGUAUUGAGACCGAGAAGAAGCUUUUCCAAACAGAGCAUCCGGCAUGGCGGAAGAUCGCGGCGAAGAUGGUUGAGACUGGCGUUGGCAUUGAUUUUUUCGUUGGUGCGGCAGGCGGCAAAUACAUGGACGUGGCUACGAUAGGUCAUGCAUCCGCGGUGUCUGGAGGUGAAACAUACUUCUAUCCAAACUUUGUCUCUCCGCGAGAUUCCCUUCAACUAGCUCAAGAUAUACGACACACAGUCACUCGAGAAACAGGCUACCAAGCAUUGAUGAAAGUCAGAUGCUCUAACGGUCUUCAAGUCUCCUCGUACCACGGCAAUUUCACGCAGCACACUUUUGGCGCAGAUCUCGAGUUUGGCGUGAUCGAUGCCGACAAGGCUGUUGGCGUUAUGUUUAGCUAUGACGGCAAGCUAGAUCCAAAGCUCGACGCACAUUUCCAGUGCGCCUUGCUGUAUACCACGGCGACUGGCGAGCGACGGGUCCGGUGUACCAACACAGUUGCAAGUGUGAACGAAGGCGCAGCAGAAUGUAUGCGCUUCAUAGAUCAAGACGCUGUGGUCAACAUCAUUGCAAAAGAAGCCGCAACUCGAAUGUUAGAGAAACCCCUCAAAGACAUCCGCAACGCCCUCACCGAAAAGACCAUCGACAUCCUCUCCGGCUACCGCAAAUCCUUCUCUUCCUCCCACCCUCCAGGCCAACUCGUCCUCCCGGAGAAUCUCAAAGAAUUCAGUAUGUACAUCCUUGGCCUCAUCAAAUCUCGCGCCUUCAAGGCCGUCUCACCCAACCUCCUCGAAGACCUCUUCGGCCCCAACGUCACUGCCCUCUCCACUCUUGACCCAGGCACUUCUACACUUCCCGUCCUCGACACUCACCUCAACGCUCAAGUCCGCAAUAUCCUUGCAUACUGGGGUUCUUUCCGCGGCAGCAGAUCUGGAGCUACGGUUCCGUUUCAGGUUGCUAGACAAGGGUUUGAUGGGGCGGAGUUCGAGUUCGCGAGAUGUCUGGUGGAGGAUCGGAAUAACGAGGCGCAAAGUUACGUGGAUUGGUUGGUCAAUGUGCAUCGGCAUAUACAGAUGGAAUUGGCAGGGCAGAGGAGGAAGGAUGAUGGAGGUGGGGGAGGAGCGGUGGAAGGGGCGAUGGCGGGGAUAACGAGUUUGUGGACUGGGACAACUUGA